AUGAUGAUAUCAGAAAAUCCAGAAAUUCUUCCUUCAAAGAGAAACAGAUCAGUAACACCAAGACUCCGAAGAAAGCCACUUCGUGCUUUAUCUCAAAACCUCAGCAAUAAAUUUGACGAUCCAGAUUUAAAAGACUGUCAAAAUCCACACUCACUCCCUUAUUACGCUUGUGAAAUUUUUGAUAAUCUUCAUAAAUCAGAAACCAAAUUUAUGGUAAAUCCAAGCUAUAUGGAUCUUCAUACCGAAAUUAAUUAUAAAAUGCGCGCAAUUCUCAUAGAUUGGCUUGUAAUUGUACACUAUAAGUUUAAGUUUACUCCAGAAACUUUAUUUAUAACGGUGAAUAUAUUAGACAGAUAUCUAUCGUUGAAAAAUGUAAGUAAACACCAUUUACAGCUAGUAGGUGUUACAUCUUUAUUUACAAUAUUUAAAUGUCAGUUAGGGAUAGGUCCUAACUCCUGUUAAACAGGUCUGGGUCCCAUCAUCCGAGAUUAGUGAGAGGAGUCAAGCUUCUUGAGAGUCUAGGCUCGAAGAUAAGAAGUCGGUGCUGAGGCUGGCCUAACUAGAGAAGUCUUAUCUGGCUUAUUAGCUUUAACGGUUUGACGGUUAGGCCAAUUUAGCUACAGUUAUUCAGAGCUGUUAAUCUAGUUGGAUCCUCAAGUAAAAGAAGACUAAGGCAAUUGCCUGAGUAAUUCAUUAAACUUAAACUUAAACUUAACUAUCUUUAUUUAUAGCUUCCAAAUAUGAAGAAAUACACCCUCCUGCUAUAUCAAAUUUAGUAGCAUUAACUGACAAUGCUUACACAAAAGAACAAAUUAUCGAGAUGGAAGGAGAUAUUUUAAGAGCUUUGGAUUUUCAAAUCACAAACCCAUCCGUAUUACGGUUUUUUGAAAGAAUGCACAAGCUAGCACUCAGCGAUCUAGCUUUUGAUAAUAUAGAAAUGUAUUUAGGCCGAUAUUUAAUUGAAUUAAGCCUAAUUGAAUAUUUUAUGCUGAAAUAUAAACCGUCACUGAUUGCUGCUUCAGCUGUAUAUUUAUCAAGAAAACUUCUAAACAUUCAGCCAGCAUGGAACCCUAUAUUAGAUAAACAUUCAAGAACAGAUGAAAAUCUGCUGAAGCAAUGCGCAAAAGAUUUAUUUGUUUUAUUUCAGUCCGCCCAAUAUCACAGUUUAACAAGUAUCCGUGAAAAAUAUUCGAAAAUAGAACUGAUGGAGGUUUCUCAACUGAAAGUUUCUUAA